AUGACUAAAUUGUCCGCAUCUCUUACAUGUUUCACUGCUCUAACUAAGGCAAAACCCAAAAUAAUUUCUUUGUUGCUUCUCGUCGCAAACCGGAAACGACGACUGAAGAAAGGACUUAGGGUUUCGUUGUUGCAGCUGGUUCUUGGUUUUCUUCUCUUUUUGCUUCCUUUUCUUUUUCAAGUCCGAACACCUGCAAGUGGAAGUUCGCAACUCAUAGUGGUUGAUUUUAUCAAGCAGUGUCGGUUGUAA